CUAGGGAGUGUGACUGUGGCAGUAGUCAGUUGUGUUCGUAAGACAUCAACAACAUUGGUUAACCUGUCUCAUCUUUCGUACUGUACUGACUGCUGUUAACGUAUUGUGUAAAAUUAAUAACGUGAAGGUAGACUUAUAAUCUUAAAAGUGUGUUGGUGUAAACAUCUGAAAGCCAAAAGUAGGAAAGCUACAAUUCCCAUACACAUUUCCUUCUAUUCCUGAGGGUAAACAUGCAUGGAAUAGGGCGAAUUCCUGAUGAAGUUGGUCAUCUUAUACUUAGUGAAGAUGGAGCUGUAAUUGCUUCUGGUGGGGAGCUAGAAAAUGCUGAACAAAUGGGUGCUACUGUGAUGAGCCUGUUGUCAUGUACCAGCAAGGCUCAGCUGUGGCCGGGUGACUCAGGAGAUGCCUUCAAAAAGAUAUCAAUUACAUACACUGACCACAGCUACAUCAUCUGCCUCUCCAACAAGAAUAUCCAUGUUGUCAAACGGAAAUUCAUUCCUCAUGAACCCAUCAGAGUGUAGUAUUAAGGUGAUAGUGUACAGAUGUGAGAUACAGUUCCAUAUCUUAAAACAAGCCAUGCAAUUUGCAUAAAAGGAUUUCAGAACUUUGUUUGCUUUGCAAUCCAAGUUAAACGUGGAAAUUAAAUUCCUUUCAAAUUUUAUUGUUAAUGACGUCUAGGACUCGGAUCAUUAUAUUCAUACAUCGAUUAUUAUCUACAACUCUCUUUAGGUUUAAGAAAAUAUGUAACUAAUUCAAGAAAGUACCUGAACAUGGUAGUCAAAAUGACUUAGAUAUUACACUUGUGACUACUUUAACCACUCAAUCAUGAGUUCUGGACGUCUUCCUAUUUAUCUUGGGUAGCAUGUACAGUACUUUUACUUGGAAGUCCUAUAGAAAAAAUAUACUUUACCAACAGUAUUCAUAAAUGAACAAUUCUGUUGAAAGUAAAACUAUAAUGUUUAGAAGAUUGAGUUGUCUGCUUUCCUCAAAUUGAUUACAUUCUUUUUCUUUCCAACAAUCUUUUAAUUGUCUUGUGUAAAUUAAUCUUGCGAUAUCCCAUACUUUCAGGCAAUUUCCAUGUGUAGCAGUUUUAAUUGUACUGAAAUAUAUCUUAUUUAUUUUGAUAGUA